AUGCCGUAUUCUCAGCUCCAACCAGUCCUGGCGCCUCUAUUUCAAACUCUUCAAACACCCACUACAGAAAUCUCGGUAUCACCAUCAGUGACAGCAACUGCAUCACCCGAUGGGUCGACCGCCAGUGGCGACCGUCUCCUUAGGCUGCUGGUAAAGGGCUUGCUCUAUGAAGCCUGUGUUGACUACUGUGCUCUUAUGGCGACCAGUGGCACCGAAUCCUUCACAGCGCCGGACUCGUCGAAUCAACGUGCUCCGAUGCAUCUGCCUCGGUUGCUAGGGGGUAGGCGGUCGUACGUCAGUUUGAUUAUCUCCUGGCCUUAG